AUGAUUGUCCUAAGGUCUGAGAAACUAAUGGACGCUGAAAGGUCUCUCAAGGAGUUCUUUCCUGAGUCUGUGAAGGUUUAUGGCUGCCUGUUUCAUAUUAAUAGAGGCAAACCUCACAAGCUUGAAGUUAUUGUUGACUCCUGGCCAGACUUUAGAGUCAUCAUCUGCAAACCAAAAAUACAGGGGACUAAGGAUCGAGAAGGGGACUUCAAUAUCCAUAGUGUCUAUUCCAAAGACAAGGACAGCCUAAAGACACUUCUUCAAACAGCUGGUAUCAUAAACUGGGACGUAUUCACAUUGCUUGCAGGUGUUGACAUCAACCACUUAAGAGUUGUUCAGGAGGUUGCUGAUGAAAAAGGGAUUCCCUCCAGAGCACAGACUGUUAUGCAUGUGUUUAUACUUGAGGAUUUCAGUCAUGUCAAUGUUCGAAAAAGUCUUACUGGGUGUACAGUAAGACCACUGACUUCUGACCAUGCAGAGCUGGUCGACAGCACUUGGAAGUGUGGAGGAGACAGGAACAGCUAUAAUACUGUGUCAAACUAUAUCUCCAACUACCCGUCAUUUUGUGUGAUGAGGGAAGGUGACACGCAGCCUGUGUCCUGGAUUCUACUGCAUCAGCACUGUGCCCUAGGUUUACUUUACACUCUGCCUGAACACAGGGGCAGAGGUUAUGCCAAGCUGCUUGUAUCUAUCAUGGCAGAACAUCUCCUAAAACAAGGAUGUCCAGUUUACUGCUUUAUAGAGGAGGGUAACAGCGCCUCCCUCAGGCUCUUUACGUCACUGGGUUUCAAGGAGAAACCGAGUUACCAGGCAGUGUGGUAUGAAUUAAAUAAACGAGCUGUAUCAUAGGUCAUAA